CUUGCUUGUCUUGUUUUUAGGCAGGUUGUCAGGGGCAGCACAACAGCCAGUUAGCAAACACUGGAUUAAGGGACCUGAGGUAAUGAUGACACAUUUAUUUAUCAAAGUACACGACUGCCUGCUUACCUGCUUUUUCGCUCGGGGCUGCCCCGUUUCUUUGGGUAAAAGCAGCGGUGACAACAGCGUCGAUUUUUUAUAUCGAAACAGCCAGAUGAGGAGGAUUGCCCUGUAGCUAACGUUAGCUAGGUUUGCCAACGUUAUCAGGCAGACGUAAAAAGUGAAAAGACAUUGACAGUAACGUUACUAAGUCAAUAGAUAUAUCUAGCUCUCCAUUGCAGUUGUUUUGCGAUCGCCUGGUGCGAAAAUGGAAGACUCUUUGAAAGAUUUAAUGAAGCAGGAUGAAUACGACGACGGGGAUAAACCAUUACUAUCGCCCCGCAAUCCGCCUCUGCGCUCCACUCGACUGCAAGUCCAGAGAAGUAGUAUCUGCUCUCGCGCAUAUUUCGUUGUGGUUAUGGUCUUCUUCCAUGUAUAUAUCCUGAAUGUGAUCGGCCUGCUGCUCUACGUGCACUACAACAACGGCCCUGGGGAUCUUGUCAGCGGAGACGAGGCCUCCUCCGCAUCAGUCAGCGAGAGUGGGACCCCUCUGCCCCAUCCUGACCCAGCUUCAAGAGAGCUGCAUGUGGAAGACUACAGUCAGAGUUUCAGUCUUCCUCGCAUUGAGGGGAUACGGGUGGGUCAUGUUCAGCAGGUGUCCCUCUCGCCAGACAGAACGCACCAGAUGAAGACGAUCAGCCUGAAACCUCUGCUGUUUGAGAUCCCUGGAUUCCUGUCAGAGGAGGAGUGCCGCGUGGUGGUGCAGCUGGCUCAGCUCAAGGGUCUGAUGGAGAGCCAGGCGACAGCCCCUGGCCAGGGACAAGAGGGGUCAAACCAGCCACUACUUUCGCUCAGCACAGAGGAGGUCUUCAGCCUGUUGGACCUAAACCAGGAUGGGCUGCUGCAGAAGCAGGAGAUUGUGAGUCACUCACGCUCUCGAGAUGGAACUUGGUUGAACCCAGACAACUUGCGGCAUAUACUCACUGGUCUGGAAGCCUGCCCAACAGGGACGCUGACCUUGGAUGACUUCAGGCAUGUUUAUGAUGUGUCCCAGCGCCCAGAACAACAGCAAAGCAGGAAGCUCCGGACUCAGUUCAAACAGAGAAGCAAACAUACAUGGCUUUACCAAGACCCGGGAUCCCACUAUGUGCUGCAAACACUCAGGAACAGAGUAACCAGUCUGACGCGUCUGCCUUCUUCAUUGGUUGAGCUGAGCGAGCCGCUUCAGGUGAUUCGCUAUGAGCAUGGAGAUUUCAGCAAUGCCCACUAUGAUAGCAGCCCUUCUCAUUCAGAGACCACCUGCGCACACACACGACUUGCAGGAAACGCAUCUGCUCUGACAGAGGUCCCUUGCAGGUAUCUCACCAUGUUAUUCUACCUCAGCUCUGUAGAGGAAGGUGGUGAGACCACCUUUCCUGUGGCAGACAACCGUACCUAUGAAGAGCAGGCACUGAUUCAGGAUGGAGUUGAUUUGACAGACACCCAGGAGACAUGUGGCAGAGGGAACCUGAGAAUGAAACCUUCUGCUGGGACAGCUCUCCUCUGGUACAACCAUCUCUCUGAUGGUAGAGGUUGGAUGGGCGAGCUAGACGAGUAUUCCCUGCACGGCGACUGCCCAGUCAGGCGUGGGGUGAAGUGGGUGGCCAACAGCUGGGUAAAUGUGGACCCAAACCACCAGCAGCAGGCCCGCUACCAGAGACUAGUUGCACAAAGGCAUCAUGCUAAGUCGGGCAUGGAGGAGCAUUACCAACCUCUCCCACACAGUGAACUCCACCAGGAUCUAUAGCCGGGCCUUUUUAAUGACAUGACAAAGCCACUGUAAUUUUGAAACUGAGUCGCUUUUGCAUCUAUGAAGCCAGUGAGGCCUGGCAGACUUUUCCACAAUACCAGAGGCUGUAGUCGAAAUGAAAAUUGCACAAAAAGCAUGCCAGAUAUUGCAUAUUCACAUUGACUUAAUACAUAAGUCAGUUUCAUUAUGAAAGUCGGGUGGGUUUUUAUAUAGAAUUGUGGUGGGCAGAUGCAUUGAUCUUCUCUCAGUUAAUUUAUAAGACAAAUACUAAAUUCAAUUAUAAAUUAAACAGUGAUUUCAUUUUCUAUUUAAUCGCACCAUAAAAGAAGAUAUUACAUGCGGUCCUGCCUUCGAUUUAGGUUAACUAAGCGUCUGUCCCUGUUGCAGGUCAUUGUUAUUAUAUUGCUGAAGAAUGACAGCCUUUUGUUACAAGCCAUGUCACAAUAUUCAUCUGUGAAUGUGUUCCUGAGGGAUGUUUUUGUGAGACCAUGUAUGUCUGUUCUGUCCUUAUUUUAUAGUUUUGUUUCCAGAGUUUAUCAUGACAUGUUAUUUAAGAAGAACAAUCACUGCAAAUGCAGGACUGAACAAAAUGAUGGCUUGUCACACUGGCUGUGAGAGGCCAGUCCUUCAGGUGUAAUUCAAUGAUAAACUCUUUUGUCAGUAUUUUAUUUUAUUUUUUUUUUUUGGUGAAAUUUUGAACUUUGAAACCUCAUAGCUCCACACAAAAUAUUUAAUUGUCCGGGAGUAUUUAUUUGAGCGUUAUUUAUUACCACCAUUUGGUGAUUCAAGUUAAAGGAAUAAAUAUUUAUUACUGCUUGGUGUUGCACUGAAUAUGUAGAUGUAUUUUAUUGUAUUUAUUCCAUGUAAUGAAAUAUAUAUAUAUAUAUAUAUAUAAAGCAAUGUUUUAUGAGUGGUGUUGCGAUUGUGAUCAUUCAUGCAAACCUGUUGAUGUAGACCGAGUCCACUAGAUGUCGCCCAACAUCAAAUACAGCACUACAAUUUCUGUGUUAAAUAUGAGCUGGCACAGAAAUGGUUUUGCUGCACUAGUGUCCUGUCUGCGCCAGUUCCUAUGUUUUCCACUCUGUGUCAAAACGUGUAAAUGAUAUGUUGGCGGCUCAUCCUUUCUUGUGUCCAGUCAUUAAUAAUGUGUGCAAUUAAAAAUCCCCAUUUGAUUAUGGCACCUA